AUCUUCUCUUCUUUCUUCUUCUGAAUGGUCAGAGUUUCUGCGCGCGCACACACACUAUUAAAAAAACUUGGCAGAGCCAGCGACCACACUCCACCUCCUUCUUCAGCCUCUGACUGACCAUUAUAAGGACAGACCCGAACCCGGACCCGAACUUGUAUCCGAUGCUAGGAGAUUGCUGUUGUUGCUUUCCGGGUCGGAGCUCCGCCUCAGGCGAUGUCUCCGAUCGCGACCCGGUCCUCCUGGUGUCUGGCAUGGGGGGUUGCAUUCUCAAUUCGAGGAAGAAGAAGAAGUUCGCGUUACAGACUCGGGUUUGGGUUCGGAUCUUCCUUGCUGAUUUGGAGUUCAGGAAGAAGGCCAUGUCACUCUAUAAUCCCCAAACAGGUUAUACAGAAUCAUUGGAUGACAGCAUUGAAAUCAUGGUCCCUGAAGAUGAUUAUGGACUGUAUGCAAUUGAUAUUUUAGAUCCCUCACCUUUUGUAAAAUGUGUACAUUUGACUGAUGUAUACCACUUUCAUGAUAUGAUUGAUAUGCUCACUGGAUGCGGGUAUAAGAAAGGAACCACAUUGUUUGGAUAUGGUUAUGACUUCCGGCAAAGCAACAGAAUUGACAAGGCAGUGGAUGGCCUUAAAGAAAAGUUGGAGACUGCAUACAAAGCUACUGGUGGAAGAAAAGUCAAUAUAAUUUCUCACUCAAUGGGUGGACUGCUAGUAACGUGUUUCAUGUCUCUCCAUAAUGAUGUAUUUUCCAAGUACGUAAGUAAGUGGAUCUGCAUCGCGUGCCCUUUUCAAGGUGCACCAGGAUGCAUCAAUGAUUCUCUCUUAACUGGACUGCAAUUUGUUGAAGGCUUUGAAAGCUUUUUCUUUGUGAAGCGGUGGACAAUGCAUCAGCUGCUGGUUGAGUGCCCGUCAAUGUAUGAGAUGUUGCCAAAUCCGGAAUUCAAAUGGGAAAAGCAACCUGAAAUUCAGGUCUGGCGAAAGCAAUCUGAGGAUGGAGAAACUUGUGUCAAAUUGGAAUCUUAUGAUUCAACCAAUAGUUUUAUUCUGUUUGAAGAGGCUUUAAGGCAUAAUGAGCUAAGUUACGGUGGGAAAACAGUUGCUCUCCCCUUUAACUUCUCUAUCCUCAAAUGGGCUACUGGCACUCGCAAAGUUCUCAAUAAUGCUCAACUACCCAAAGGGGUGUCUUUCUACAAUAUUUAUGGAACAUCCUUCGACACGCCUUUAGAUGUUUGCUAUGGUUCAGAAACUUCUCCAAUUGAGGACUUGCCAGAUGUAUGCCACACGAUGCCCAAGUACUCGUUCGUGGAUGGAGACGAAACGGCGGAUGGAUUUGCAGCAACUGAACGAGUAGGAGUUGCUUCAAGUCAUCGGCUACUGUUACGUGACAAAACAGUAUUUGAGCUAAUUCAAAGGUGGUUAGGGAUCAGCCAGAAGGUCAACAACCAUUCGAAAACUUCCAAAGUAAUGAGCGUUAAUUUAGACUAAUAUCUUUGUGUGUAAGAUUGAUUUCAUGUGCUUGAAAAGAAUAAAUGAAAGACAGUCUGUUCUUAUAAUAAUUCAAGUGACCAUAUAUAUAGCAUCAACUGGCGCGGUUAUUAAGCGAAAGUUGUUAUUAUGGCCCUGCGUUGCGUGCGGGGAAUGUGUUCUUUGAGUGGCCUUACGGUGAGUCUCAGAUUGUUGGAAGAUUUAGAGAACUUUUGGAAUACGGAGGACCUGUUUAUUGUAUUAUUUAUUUGUGUGAUAUUUGUAAUAUUAAUUUCCAGAGACUUAUUUGACAUUUCAUAAAAUUUAAUAAAUUAGAAUUUGCUAGUAAA